AUUAAACUAAAGUUUCAUUAAAUAAAAUAAAAAUUGUCGGCGCGUUGUUUCUUGUGAAACUCCGAAGUCGAACCUUCAUCGUCGCUUCCUUCUCGGUCUUUCAUUAAAAUCGAUGAUUUCUGAAGAUUCAGAGCUGAUUUUUCUUCAAUUAGGGUUUUGAAUCUUCAGAAAAUCGACAGAUUUAGGGAAGAACAACAAUGUUGGAUACUAGCAGUUGGCCGAAGAUGGAUCUAAUGAGAUCAGAAGAAAUGCAGUUAGUUCAGUUGAUUAUUCCGAUUGAAUCUGCUCAUCGUACAAUUUCGUAUCUCGGCGAUCUUUCUAUUGUCCAAUUUAAGGAUCUUAAUGCUGAAAAGAGCCCAUUUCAGAUGACCUAUGCUGCUCAGAUUAAAAGAUGUGGGGAAAUGGCUCGCAAGAUUAGGUUUUUUAAAGAGCAGAUGAAUAAAGCUGGUUUACUGCCCUCAACUUGGUUUUCUCCAAGUGACAGUGUCAAUUUGGAUGCAUUAGAGAUGAAACUUGGUGAGCUUGAGACUGAGCUUCUAGAGAUGAAUGCAAAUAGUGAAAACCUACAGCAUACAUACAAUGAGCUUAUAGAAUUUAAGUUGGUGCUGCUGAAGGCUGCAGAGUUUUUUCAUUCAGCCUUUAGUACAGCAGCUCAGAAGGCAGAAUUUGAAGCAGGGCACUUGGGUGAAAAAUCAAUUGAUAGUCCUUUAUUACGAGAACAAGAAAUGACGGUUGAUCCAUCUAAACAGUAUAGGCUUGGGUUCAUCUGUGGUCUGGUCCCUAGAGAAAAAUCAAUGGCAUUUGAGAGAAUUCUUUUUCGGGCAACUAGGGGAAAUGUUUUUCUGAAGCAAGCGGUACUUGAAUACCCUGUAGUUGACCCUGCAUCAGGCCACAAGGUUGAUAAAAAUGUAUUUGUGAUCUUCUACUCUGGAGAGAGGGCAAAAAACAAAAUAGUAAAAAUAUGUGAUGCGUUUGCCGCAAAUUGUUAUGCUUUCUCUGAUGAGCCAGAAAAGCAACAGCAGAUGUUAAAAGAGGUUACUGCAAGACUGACUGAGCUAAAAACUACUAUUGAUGUUGGUCAUGAUCACCGUGACAAUGUCUUGCGCACCGUUGGAUCACAAAUUGAACAAUGGCAUCAUUUGGUUAAGAAGGAGAAAUCCAUUUAUCAUACCUUGAAUAUGCUCAGUAUAGAUGUGACAAAGAAGUGCCUCGUUGCAGAAGGCUGGUGUCCAGUUUUUUCGACAAGAAAGAUUCAAGAUACACUGGAACAAGCAACAUACGAUAGCAACUCACAAGUUGGGUCAAUAUUCCACACUCUGCCAACAAAGGAAUCUCCACCAACUUUUUUUCGCACAAACAAAUUCACUAGUGCUUUUCAAGAAAUUGUGGAUGCAUACGGAGUUGCUAAGUACCAAGAAGCGAAUCCGGGUGUAUACACAAUUAUUACAUUCCCUUUUCUAUUUGCUGUAAUGUUUGGUGACUGGGGCCAUGGUAUAUGUUUAUUAUUAGCAACAAUGUACUUGAUCUUGAGGGAAAAGAAGUUCUCCAGUCAGAAACUUGGAGAUAUCAUGCAGAUGGCAUUUGGUGGUCGUUAUUUAAUCAUGAUGAUGGCUAUAUUUUCUAUAUACACUGGAUUGAUUUAUAAUGAAUUCUUUUCUCUCCCAUUUGAGCUGUUUGGAAAAUCUGCCUAUGCUUGCCGUGAUUCUUCAUGUGGGGAUGCUUCUACGUCUGGUGUGAUAAAAGUACGUGAUACAUACCCAUUUGGGGUGGAUCCUGUAUGGCACGGGAGCCGUAGUGAGUUGCCAUUUUUAAAUUCUUUGAAGAUGAAAAUGUCAAUUCUUCUGGGAGUGGCACACAUGAACCUUGGGAUCAUAUUAAGCUACUGUAACGCAAAAUUCUUCAAAAGUGACCUGAAUGUCUGGUAUCAGUUUGUUCCCCAGAUCAUAUUUUUGAACAGUCUAUUUGGCUACCUUUCACUCCUCAUCAUUAUCAAAUGGUGCACUGGAUCUAAAGCUGAUCUAUAUCAUAUACUAAUAUACAUGUUCCUUAGUUCUACUGAUGACCUUGGGGAGAAUCAACUAUUUUUUGGUCAGAAAUUUUUUCAGAUUCUGUUACUCUUGCUGGCCAUCAUUUCAGUACCAUGGAUGCUAUUUCCAAAGCCUUUUAUUUUGAAGAAGCAGCAUGAAGAAAGACACCGAGGUCAUUCCUAUGGACUUCUUGAUAAUGCUGAUGAUUCCUUGGAUUUUGAGAUGGAGCAUGAUUCACACGGGGGGCAUGAUGAAUUUGAGUUCAGUGAAAUUUUUGUUCACCAACUAAUACACACCAUAGAAUUUGUGCUUGGAGCAGUCUCAAAUACAGCUUCAUAUCUACGUUUAUGGGCUCUUAGUCUUGCGCAUUCAGAAUUAUCAAGUGUGUUUUUUGAUAAAGUGCUACUUCUGACCUGGGGGUAUAACAACAUGUUCAUCCUCGCAAUUGGUAUUAUUGUAUUUAUAUCUGCUACUGUUGGAGUGCUAUUAGUGAUGGAAACUCUCAGUGCAUUUCUACAUGCUAUGCGGCUUCACUGGGUAGAAUUUCAGAAUAAGUUCUUCGAGGGAGAUGGUUAUAAGUUUCAACCAUUCUCAUUUUGUCUUGAUGACGAGGAUGAGUGAUGCUACUAUUACUUUUUUGGAGUUCAGUAGCUGCUGGGCUAGGAAUAUUACCUUUGACAACUUCCUCAACCGGCUUUGCAUCUGUGUUGUUUAUGUAUAACAAAGUUGGAGAUCUACUGGUGUGGCAGGUCUGAUUUUCGGUUGCCAUCCUGAUUGCUGAUAGCAGAUUAUGUACAUUGACAUCACUGCGUGGUGGGAUCCCAUGUAAACAAGUCAAGCAUACUGGAAAUUCUUUCUACAUAGAAUACGCGCUAGAAGCUGGUUAUACACUAUACAUGUAAUUCAAAGCUACCUACAAUGAAAUCUCGAGCCAAGUCACAAUUUUGCUAUUUGGUGCACCUGACGAGUUAUGAUUAAUCUUGUAAAGUUUUGUAGGUAGUUAAAACAGUGCUCCAUCUUAACUUCAUGUUCUUUAAAUCUACAGGCAAGAUUUGUAUACUACCGAUUAUAGUCAUUUAUUAAAUCAUUAUUAUUUGUGAUUUUUCCAA